ACCUUUAUCCUUCCGCCAUGAGCAAACCAUGUUUCGGCUUCAGCGGCGAGGGAGACCUCGACACAGCGUCUGGUUUCAUGCAUCAGCCGUUGAUUUGGGGCCUUAAAAAAAGGAUUAGGCCAGAGUGAUGUUCUCUUACUUUUCCACUAUAAAUGCUUGCGAGCAUCUCCAUCUUCAUCUCAUCCCAGGAGUGGAAAAAGAAGAAAAGCACUUUAUAGUGUUCUUCAAAGGAAUAGUGUGAGUUUUCAAGUGUCUGAGAAAUGUCGAGCACCGCUGGUCAAGUCAUCAAAUGCAGAGCUGCUGUAUCAUGGGAGGCAGGGAAACCAUUGACGAUAGAAGAGGUGGAGGUAGCACCUCCUCAGGCAAUGGAAGUCAGAAUUAAGAUCCUCUUCACUUCACUCUGCCACACUGAUGUUUACUUUUGGGAAGCUAAAGGGCAAAAACCGAUGUUUCCUCGGAUCUUUGGCCAUGAAGCUGCAGGGAUUGUAGAGAGUGUUGGAGAAGGUGUGACUGAUUUGGCACCAGGAGACCAUGUCCUCCCUGUCUUCACUGGAGAAUGCAAGGAGUGUGCCCAUUGCUUAUCCUCAGACAGCAAUAUGUGCAGUCUCCUAAGGAUAAAUACCGACAGGGGAGUGAUGCUUGCUGAUGGUCAAUCGCGAUUCUCAAUCAAUGGCCAACCCAUUUAUCAUUUCCUCGGAACAUCAACGUUCAGUGAAUACACCGUAGUUCACUCAGGUUGCGUUGCAAAGAUCAAUCCUUUGGCUCCUCUGGACAAAGUUUGUAUUCUUAGCUGUGGCUUCUGCACAGGUUUCGGCGCAACUGUUAACGUUGCCAAACCACCCAAGGGAUCAGCCGUGGCUAUUUUCGGGUUGGGUGCUGUGGGCCUCUCAGCUGCUGAAGGUGCUAGAGUUUCAGGGGCUUCGAGGAUAAUUGGGGUCGAUAUCAACCCCAAUAGAUUUGAAGAAGCCAAGAACUUUGGAGUCAAUGAAUUUGUGAACCCAAAAGAUUAUGACAGGCCUGUUCAAGAGGUGAUUGCUGAAAUGACCAAUGGUGGAGUGGAUCGAAGUGUUGAAUGCACUGGAAACAUUGAUGCGAUGAUAUCUGCUUUCGAAUGCGUUCACGAUGGAUGGGGUGUUGCUGUGCUGGUUGGGGUGCCUCAUAAGGAUGCUGUUUUCAAGACUCAUCCUGUUAAUUUCUUGAACGAGAGAACCCUCAAGGGAACUUUCUAUGGCCACUAUAAACCAAGAACUGAUCUCCCCGGUGUAGUCGAAAAGUACUUGAACAAGGAGAUUGAGUUGGAGAAAUUUAUCACACAUGAAGUUAGCUUUUCUGACAUCAACAAGGCAUUUGACUACAUGCUGCAAGGGGCCAGCCUGAGGUGCAUCAUCCGCAUGGUUGAUUAAGAGAGGCCUCCUCUCAAGAAACAUAACGCAUAGAUCAGUUGGAAUGAUCUUUAGAGUUCUCUGAAUAAAUAUGUGAUUAUUGUUCUAUAAAGCUUUUGAUUUCUCGUUCUCUUCUUGUGUGGUCGUUGUCAUUGUAAAAACUAAAAACCUUUCCUGAAUGCAAAUUUUACUUUAUAAUAA